UUUUGCAUUUGUAGAGGCUUGGAUCAUUUUAGCUAGAGUUUCUCUUUGGAUUUUGUUGCAUUGGUGUAAUUAUUUCUGGUUUAGAAAUUUGGUAAUGAACGAUUGAGUUUUCGGUUUAGCUAUUACUUGUUUGGUGAUAAUAAUUUUGUUACUGCCAAUAGGCUAUUUUGUUUAUUUCCUUUUGUAUUUCCAUGUGUGAAGCGUUAUAUAUUUUCUUAAAUAUUUAAAAAUGUUUUUCAUAUUCUUAAGUUAAUUUUUUUGUGAUUGUUGUAAACAAACGUUCAACACUUUUAAAAAUGUUUAAAUAAUGUGGUUUUUGUGUAUUUAUAAUUUGAGAUAGAUAUCACUCAUUACUGUAAAUAUUUUGAAUUAUGGAUGUUCAAGAAGAAUUACAGUCUAGUCCCUUAGGCAGCAAUGGACUUGAAAUUGCAGAUGACCGAUCUGAGCCUAGCCCAGCAUCUUCAAGACGUUCCAGGUCACGCUCUCGGGACUCUACAAAUAAAUUUUCUAGAUCACGUUCUAACUCUGAUAACAAAUCAAGCCAGAGUAAUUCUCCAGUUAGUCGUAAAUCUAAAUCUGGUUCACGAGAAAGGUCAGUAUCAAAAGGCCGUUCAUCUGCAUCAAACUCAAGAGCAGGUUCUGGUGAUAGAUCAAGAUCGAGAAGUCGAUCUAGAGCUUCUUCAGGUUCAAGAUCAAGAUCUCGUUCCAGGAGUGGAUCGAAUAGGGGUUCGAAAUCACGAUCUCCAUCUAAUAGUUCAGUAAGGAAAUCACAAUCCAGAUCACCUUCCAGGAGUCGUUCUGUCCGAGGAUCAAGAUCAAGAUCGCAGUCUCCUAGUGGUUCUGUCAAGAGGUCUAGAUCACGCUCUAAAAGUGGUUCUAGGUCAAGAAGUGGCUCUAGGAAGUCACGUUCAAAAUCCAGGUCUCACUCAAGAUCUCGAUCUAGGUCUGCUAGUGGUUCUGGUCAAGGAUCUAGAUCACAUUCCAAGACUCCAUCUCCUUCGAGAUCUCAAUCUAGAAGUAGAUCUCGCUCAAAAAGUGGAUCAAUUAGGGCAUCAAGAUCUAGAUCACGUUCCAAAAGUGGAUCAGUUAGGGCUUCAAGGUCUAGAUCACGUUCUAAAAGUGGAUCAGUUAGGGCUUCAAGGUCUAGAUCACGUUCCAAAAGUGGAUCAGUUAGGGCAUCAAGGUCUAGAUCACGUUCCAAAAGUGGAUCAGUUAGGGCAUCAAGGUCUAGAUCACGUUCUAAAAGUGGAUCAGUUAGGGCAUCACGGUCUAGAUCACGUUCCAAAAGUGGAUCAGUUAGGGCAUCAAGAUCUAGAUCUCGUUCCAAAAGUGGAUCUGAAAGGGCAAGGUCUAGAUCACGUUCCAAAAGUGGAUCUGAUAGGGCAAGGUCUCGAUCACGUUCCAAAAGUGGAUCAGUUAGGGCUUCAAGAUCUAGAUCACGUUCCAAAAGUGGAUCAGUUAGGGCAUCAAGGUCUAGAUCACGUUCCAAAAGUGGAUCAGUUAGGGCAUCGAGGUCUAGAUCACGUUCCAAAAGUGGUUCAGAAAAAGCCAGAUCAAGAUCACGUUCUAAGAGUGGAUCUGUUAAAUCGAGAUCUAGAUCUCAUUCCAAGUCUAGAUCCCGUUCCAGGUCUCGGUCUCGUUCUAAAAGUGGUUCUGUUAGAGCUUCAAGGUCAAGAUCAAGAUCAAAAAGUUCUUCAAGGUCUCGGUCAAGAUCUAGUUCAUCUAAUAAGAAAAGUAAAAAUAAUGCUUCCGGUUCUCCUAAGAAGAGUGGAGGUGAAGAAGAAAAUACUGCUGGGAAUAAUACAGAUGGAGGCUCAAGUUCCAGAGAGGGAUCUCCUAUCACUGUAAGGAGGAAGAAGAAAAAGAAGGCUGAUUCUAAAGAAGGUUCUGAUGUUGAAGACAGACAUUCUAUUGUAGAUAGUGAGGAAUCGGAUCGAGAAAAAGCAGGUGGAGAUAGCGACAGUGAUGAGGAAAUAGCUGUUAAAAAGAAGAGAAAGGUUGUUAGUGAUUCGGAAGAAGAAGAUGAGAAAACAGAUGGCGAAAGCAGUGCUAAAAAGAAAAGAAAAGUUGGAAUUGAUGAUGAAGAAGAGGAGGAGGAGGAAGAAGAAGAAGGACCGGCUUCCAAAGAAAAUGAGGAAAAGACUGAUGACCAAGAAAAGACCGCUGCCCCUGAGGUUCUACCACAGAUAUCAGACGAGUCCGACGAUGAAAGACCAGUCGAUAGAGAGGAAAUGUCCGGACUUUCAGACUUUGAUUUAAUGCUGAUGAAAAAGAAGGGAGAACAAACGAAACGGAGAAGACGUAAAGAUAUUGACAUAAUUAACGACAACGAUGAUAUAAUAGCUCAACUACUGGCCGAUAUGAAAGGUGCUGCUGAUCAAGAUAGAUUGUUGAAUCAACAGUCCAAACCUGCGACAAACAAAGUUGCCAUGCUUCCUAAAGUAAUGUCACAACUGAAGAAACACGACUUACAGUUAGCUUUUAUUGAACAUAAUGUGCUCACUGUAUUGACCGAUUGGCUAGCUCCUAUGCCAGACAGAAGUUUACCAGCUUUGAGGAUCAGGGAAUCGGUGCUGAGGUUAUUAAAGGAGUUUCCUCCUAUCGACCAGUCUACAUUGAAACAUUCUGGGAUUGGAAAAGCUGUUAUGUAUCUCUAUAAGCAUCCUAAAGAAACCAAAGAGAAUAAAGAGUUAGCAGGGCGUCUUAUAAAUGAAUGGGCUCGCCCUAUAUUUAAUCUUUCUGCUGAUUUUAAAGCUAUGAGUAAAGAAGAAAGAGAAGCUAGGGAUCUUGAACAAAUGCCUAACAAGAGAAGAAGGGUUUCCGAAGAGGGCUCUUCCAGCCCUAAAGCCAGUAAGGAUAUCAACAAAGCUUUUUCAGGAGAAGAAAAAGCUCUUCGGCCUGGUGAUAAAGGCUGGGUUGGUCGAGCCAGAGUACCAGUACCUUCAAAUAAGGACUAUGUCGUAAGACCGAAAUGGAAGACUGAUGUAGAUAUGACUAGAACAACUAAAAAACAAAUGAAUAGGUUCGAGAAACAUUACAAGAAUUUUAUUGACAGUAAACGAUUGAAGCAAGCGAAGAGAGCCGUUACUAUUUCAAUCGAAGGUAGAAAUAUGGCUUUAUAAAAAUGUCAGAAAAUGUGUCAAUGUAUUACAGAAUAAUAAUUUUAUUCUUGAUAGUUAAUUUUUUAAUUUGUUAAUAGAUGUAAAGAAAAACAUGUGUGUAUUUCAUUUGUAUUUCUGAUAAAGUGUAAUAAAAAGUAUAUAUUAUUUAAGAAAAAGAAGGAAUGUAUAUGUUUUCUUAAUAGGAUACAUUAUUUUUAUUGUUACCCUGAUAUUCAUUUAUUGACACAACACUUGCAAUAUUGACUUAUCAUUCGUGUAUUAUUAAUUUUUGUAUUGUUACAAUGUAGUAUUUCAUCCAUGUAAAAUGUUAAGGAAACACAAUACAUAGUAAAAGUUGUUCAUAAAUUGUAAUUGUGUGUUUUUUUCUUAUGCCUCAGUUGAACGAA